CCCCGCAAAGGGCCGCUGGGGGACGGAAACGCGCGUCUGGCCAUGGCUGACGCGAACAAAGAGUUACCCGUCGACAGUUUGGAAGGUUUUAAAAGCAAACCUCCCAUUUUGCCUCCCGAGGUAACGCUCUGCUGCAAUUGAAACGCAUCUCGAAUGUAUAUUUCCAUCAAGGAACGUGAGCUAGGGCUGUAUAGGCUUAAUAGCCCGUUGGUCUACCGCACCCAGUCCAAAGCGUCCAAAAGCCUUAUCGACCGCCUCACCCUUUCCCAAGUCCUCAAUUCCCACACAGGCUGCGUCAACACAGUUUGUUGGUCAGACGAUGGACAGUACCUCUUGUCUGGUUCUGACGACACACACCUCGGUCUAUGGUCCUACAGCCCUGGUCCAUGCUUUUCCGCCACCUCCCCGUCUCCAACAACCCUCCUAGCUCGUAUCCCAACUCGACACCGUGCAAACAUUUUUUCUGCCAAAUUCAUGCCGGGAACAUCGAGCUCGAUUGCAGUGUGUUGUGCUGGAGAUGGGGAUGUGAGGGUUUUGGAUCUGUUUUUGGGGGAUGGACGGGAACGAGGAACCAUCAGGGCUGUAUAUGGUUGUCAUAGAGAUAGGGUAAAGAGAGUGUUGCCUGUGGAUAGCAAUGUGUUUUUAACAUGUGCUGAGGAUGGUUCGGUCCGUCAAUUUGACCUCCGAGUCCCUCACCUGUGCUCACCCGAUCAGCCAUGCGCCCCACCUCUGGUAAACUUUGCGCCGUACCACAUCUCACUCAACAGCAUUUCGAUAGACCCAAUCAACCUGAACCGUUUCGUCGUUGCUGGGGACAAUCCAUACUUGUACAUGCAUGACAGGCGUUUUCCCACCAACUGUAUUAGACGGUUUGCCCCAGACGGCCAAGUACAGCCUCAUGAACAUGUCACAGCAGCAAAGUUUGCAGAUAGUGCUCGAGAGUUGAUUGGAAGUUGGAGUGGUGGAGAUGUAUGCUUAUUUGAUGUUGAGGGGGUGGAGUAUCAAGGUUGGAAUGGAAAUGCGGUCAGAAACGGAUUGGGGAGAGGACGAAUGAAGGAUCAUGGGAGUCAUUUGGAUAAAAAAGAACAAGCAGAAACCUCAAAAGCGCUUGAAGAAGAACAACCAGGCACAGACGAGGAGGAUGACGAGGACGAUGCGGUAUCACUCCUCCCAGCCGAAACUAUUCAGUCACUUGAAACCCGCAUUCGGACAGGAUUUGCCAAUUCGGAUAUUCCAUCUGUCAUUGAAUCCGCAACAUCACUGGUAAAAGAUUAUAACCUGCGGGCAAGCUUAAACUCUCCAGUUGGGCGAAAGACAAGGACUGCUGAGCGGGCAAGACUGUAUCGACAACGCGCAAAGGCGUGGCUUCUUUACACCAUCAGCAAGAUACAAACCUCGCAGCGCCCUCGAAAACGAAAACGGGCAUCCACCCACGGUGAAGCUGAGUCGCAGACGGAGCCGGAAGGUAGUGACACUCUGACUCCCGACUUGAACUCCAUGACCGCUGUCGAGUGUCUUCAGCACGCGGCCAGGGACAUGACUCGGUUCCUCAUCCUUACUGAUGCGAUGCCCUCCUGCCAUAUCUUUCGCGCCGUUUCACAAUGGGGUUUAGCGGUUUUGGCAGAUUCAACUGACGCACGAAUAGAGCAUGCGCGUGAGGCCCUGAAAGAAUUGCAAGGCGUUCAGGAGGGUAACGGGUUUAGAGAGUGCGUCCAAGGGAUUGAGAGAUGCAUGGGUGCAGAGUUUGAUACUGAAGAUUGGAUUCGGUGGUGCGAAAAAUGGAUUACUAGUUCCGAUGACAAUGACAAUAGCGAAAGCGAGCGGCCACCAGAGAGUUCAGAACAUUCACAAGCCGCCUCAAGCAACAGUGACGUUGAUUCCAUAUGGACAUCCGAUGAGGAACCCACGACUCUCACCACUACCCACACCCACGUAGCAUACUCUACAGUCCCCAUCAUCACCCCAUCCAAAACCUACAAAGGCCAUGCCAACAUCCAAACCAUCAAAGACGCAACCUUUCUCUCCUCAGACAAGUACAUUGCCUCCGGAUCCGACGACGGCACCGUUUUUAUCUGGGACAAGCAAACAACUCGCAUCAUCCAAAUCCUCCGUGCGGACGCCGAAGUCGUCAACGUGGUCGCUCAGCACCCUUUUAUGCCCGUCUUGGGCGUCAGCGGGAUUGAUCAAACAGUCAAGAUUUUUGAACCCGUCUACCCAUCUGAUGGUCUUCCAUCCACUAUACCUGUCCCCAAUGAAGAAAAAUUGGUCCCGUUUUCUCAUUUCAUGACCAGAGGACCGAUGGGUACCCUCCCUCCUUCAUCUUCUCUCUUAUCCUCUAUGGACCAGGUGAUAAGAGAUAAUGAGCAGCGAAAGUGUGAGAUGGGUGGAGUGGUUAGUUUUCGGAUGGUUGCAGAGGCGUUGGCGGAAUUGAGAGGGGAGGGAGGGGAUGUGGAGUGUUGUAUCAUGUAGUCAUUGAUGCUCUUCUCCCAUCGUUUGUAGCUCUGUAAGUGGCCAAUGUAAUUAUUUGCGGGGUGCGGUUUCGUUUGUUGUAAAUAGCGGUAUGUAGAUGUAGGGUUGCCCCGGUUCUUUUUUUUUGGGUCGCUACAUGUUGACAAACUGUAAAUGCCAUACUCUAUCCAUCACUAUUCUGCCGACAAAUACCACUAAUAUCUUUAAAACCCCC